CCGAGGCGGCGAUGUCGGCCCCCGUCAGUCGGGACGCGGAGGCGGCGGCUGAGGCGUCGGGGGCGGCGGAGCUGGUGUCGGCGGACGGGCGCAACCGUAAGGCGGUGCUGUGCCAGCGCUGCGGCUCCCAGGUCUUGUUGCCCGGGGCCGCCCUCUUCGCCCGCCGCCAGCUGUUCCUUCCUUCCAUGAGGAAGAAGCCAGCCCUCGUAGAUGGUAGCGACCCAGAUGGAGACCACCUCCAGGAUCACUGGCUCGUAGAUGACAUGUUCUCCUUUGAAAACGUGGGCUUCACCAAGGACGUGGGCAACAUCAAGUUUCUGGUCUGUGCGGACUGUGAAAUCGGACCCAUCGGGUGGCACUGCCUGGAUGACAAGAAGAGCUUCUAUGUGGCCUUGGAGAGGGUUUCCCAUGAGUAACACAAGGGAUCCUCCACCUUCCUCUCCCCCAAGAGCAGCCCCAACCUGCCCCAUACCUGACCUCCUGUUUUUCUCCCCGUGCUAAUGGUAAAAUUGUGAAUCCCACCGUUACCCGACCACCCAAAGGAUCUGUCCCGAUCUGCUUCCUUUCGUGAGCGUACCGUCCCGUCUCCUGCGAAACGGCACCUCGUGGAUUUGCGGUCAGAGUUGGGCUGCCUCCCAAAGUUACUCCCCUUCCCGGUUUUAAGCCUGUUUACGUUACUCGGGAGCUACUUGGUGUUUUCUGCUUGGGACUGAGAGUCAGUUAUCACCGGGAUCAGAUUUGCCACCCCUCCCAAGAACACGGUAAUGAGAAACUCUUUUCAGUACAGCUACACUAAGAUGGUGAAGAAUGUGUUGGGAAUGCGGAGUGCGGAAUCUGAUGGUAGCUGGCCCAAAGAAUAACUCAAUUCCCGCCCCGCCACCACCCAACCUAUCCUCCUUUCCUUUAUGUUCCAAAAUGGAAAAGGUCGGGCCGAAGCUUACGGCCGCACUCGGUGGUGAAUUCGGGAAGCCAAUUUGUACUUCCCAAGCGCUUAGUACGGUGCUCUGCACAUAGUAAGCGCUCAAUAAAUACGAUUGAUGGUGAUGAUGAUGAUGAGAGCAGUACCCCAACCGCACAGACACCGACUGCCCAGAGGGUUCAUCGUUCUGAGUGGCUUUCUCGGCUAGAGUCCCCCUCACAAAGGAACGGCUGAGAGAAAAUGGGCCCCAAGACGACCCAUCUCCAUCUUGAAGUGAGUUUGUUUCUUGCUGCGAUUGGCAGAUCCAUCGCCCUGCUUUGGUUGGUCCUUAUGAAGGAGGGCAGUAAGUGUGAAAGCCGGCCCAGGCGUCGUUUCUCUGCUUUCUGCGGGCAGGAUUUACUCCUGGGACCGUCCCUUGGGGAUUAGACGUAGACGGGCCACACCCUUCUGCACCCUCUAUGUGGGAGGACCUGUCCGUCAGGCUGGGGAUGGGCAGAAACUGCCUUUUCUGGCCUGCUCCCAAGUCUGGUUUGUGUCCUUCAUGCAUUCAUUCAAUCAUAUUCAGUGAGCACUUACCAUUUGCAAAGCACUAUGCUAAGCAGACACAUUCCCUGCCCACAACGAGCUUCCUUUUCCCUCCCCUCUCUUGCUCGCUUGCUCGUUAUCCCCAAGUCUUGCAGGGAGGUGAGAGUCCUGGACACAAAUCUCUGCCCCUCCGGCCGCUCGAAGAGGGGCGUCAUCCGCACUGAAAAUCGGGUGGAAAAGAACGGCCGGAAUGUCUAGACCCACUGAGAAAUGAGAUGUCAGUGCUACGGUAUUUCCUGAAACACAACUGUGAGAUUCACCCCGGUGAAGUGACCGCACAGGACCAAAUUCCCUUCCUUGGGUGGCUCUGGUGAUUACUGACCCCUUCCUACUUUCAGCCCAGACCGGGUUGGAGCAUUUUGGCCCCUUCAGCCGAAAAUGCAGCAGUAGCUGCUGGUUUGCCUUUUCAACUUGAAUGACGUUAAUAAAAAAGCAUAUGAACGAUGUCA